AUACAAUAAUUGUAUAAUGGCAUUCACUAUACCGCUGUAAUAUAUCAUGGAUAUGUUAGUCAUAAAUAUGGAAAUAGAUCGGUGCUAUAUAGCAUUUCAAAAUAUCAUAAAUAUAUCAUGUGAUUUAGUCGAUGAGACUUUGUAAACAAAGAUAGCAUUGAUAAUAAAAGGAGAGUAUCGAUUUUAGUUAAUUAACGUGGUCGGAAUAUUUAAAGAAAUUCAGAAGAAUACAGAUUCAUAUAGAAGGACAUUAGUCAACUCGGACAAACUAACCAACGAAAAUGGGUCUUGGUUUAGGAGGAAAAUGUGGAAUGUUUUUCCUUGUAACACUGAACAUUCUGUUCCUGUUACUGGGACUGGGGCUUUUGAUAGUCGGAAUUAUUAUGAAAGUUGACAGCGAUGUCCUAGACAAAUCCGAAGUGACGAGUGUUUUGAACGAAGUCUCUUUUAACAACAACCUAAAACUGGGUAAUGUUGCAAACAGCUUAUCGAUACUGAUCAUCUGUCUUGGCGCUUUCAUCCUGAUCGUAGCUGCUCUGGGUGCUUUCGGCGCUUGUUGCAAGAACAGAUGCAUGUUAGUCGUGUAUGCCAUCAUCGUGAUGUUGAUCUUCAUUAUACAAAUCGUAGCAGUCGCUCUCUGGUUUACGAUGAAAAAUAAGGUUGAGGACGAAGUGAAGGGGAAGCUAGACGAAGCCCUGAAGAAGUACGAGGGUGUCAGCUCUACAAAUGAAGUAUCAGUUGGAUGGGACCUUAUCUUCAUCGGGUUUGACUGUUGUGGAGUUGAUGCUGUCAACUCCAAUAACCAGAACGAGUUCAGCGAGACCACCUGGUGGAGCUCUAGAGGCUCGGACUUUGUACCUUACAGUUGUUGUAAAUCUGCAACUGAAGACAACUACAAGACCGGAACAGAGACGACAUGCACACAGUCAACUUUAACCAACGUACAAGAAAAGGGAUGUUACAAUGCUUUCAAAGACUUUCUAAAGAAGUAUGAAACAGCAGCGAUCGCCAUUGGAAUAGUUCUUCUCAUUGUAGAGCUGAUUGCAAUCAUAUUCGCCUUUCUGCUGUGUAGAGCUAUCGGAAAACAAGACAUGGUUGUGUAGAGCCAUCUAGCCGUCAAUAACAGCACAGUCCAGGCUAAAAUGCCGACAUAUGUAGACAUUUUAAGAAAACACAUAAUACUACGCACACACGCAGUCUGUAAAUUCUAGAUUUUGACUGCCUGGCUUACUAAUGGCAAGAAAAAGAACAUUUCAACCUUUGUUAUUGCAGUUAUUAUCAUGCUUAUAAUUAGUAUUGUAGGAUUGUAUUUAUUUGAUAAGAGUGACACGAUUCAUGCAAAUAUAACACGAGUUCUGUCAAAGUACACGUUUCACAGCACAAAAAUCGCGGGAAAAAAAUGCAAAAAUGUGCGCAAGUCUCAAAUCAAUAAUUAUAUCAUAGGAUUAUUCUGAACACUAAUGUCGAAAAUUUACAUGAAUUUGCAUAAAAAUGUUCAACGUGAAUCGUGCAUUAUGAAGCACACUACUUUUACUACAAAAAAAAAUGUGAUAUAAUGUUUGUUUGAGUACCGGUAUUUUAUAUUGUUUAUAUAUAUCAAACUACGCAUUUUAUGUUUUGGUAGAAUGACAUAUGAAACUCUUGUUUGUCUUGUAAUCCGAGAUCUCGACGAUUUCUUAAAACUCAGUGUUUACUAGUUUCAAUUACACUUUAAAAAAUUGUAGUUAUUUCGAUUUUAGUUCAAACCAGAUAUUUAAAAAUUAGUUUCAGUUAUAUGUUAGCGUAGUAACCUAAUUCUUUUUCGUCCAUUUUAGCCAUGCAUGCCAGCUUGAUAUUUAUUUGAUCAUCGCCUGAUUGAAGUCAUUGACUUUUUAAUUCAUCUUCAUAUAUUCUUGCCAUCACAUUUUGUUUAAUAUUGUGUCAAAAUAGUUACCUGUCGCAAGGCAUAAUUCAGUUUAGAUAGAAUGGCAAAUAGGGAUUGUUGAAGAACACAAACUAGAAAAAAGUGACAAAUAGUCAUCAUUUGAUAAAUGAAUUCAAGGAUUUUGGUACGGUAGUUUACAGAAAACUCACUAUUUUCUGGCAUUUAUAGACAAACAUCAGCAUAUGUGCGUAAAUAUAUGAACUGGCUAAUAUUCUUUUGUAUCUAGAAUUUGACAUUGGUUGCUAUAAAGUGUUAAAUUGUCCUAAACAAUCUGUAUUCAACCUGUUAUUCAAAUAAUUUCAUUUAUUUCGUAUUUUUAUACUUAAACAACCAUCAGCUUGGCUGGCUUUCAGAUUAUCCAUCUUCUAGCGUUUGAGUGUCGCAGGCUGAAUGUUUCACUAACGAUAGUUUUAAUACAUGUGCACGAGUAAGUGCGGUUGUUCCAGUUCACGUGUAAAGGAAGUUAAGUAAAUUUCAAUUACAUAUAAGAAUUACAUGAGAAUUCAUUUAGAAUUAAUGUAUUUAGUUGUAUAUUACUAUUACUACUUAGCUGUAGCUAUCAUUUCUUGAAUCUCGACCUUUGUAUACUAGACUAGUAGUUAUACUAUUGUAACAUGAAGAUAAACCCAUAGAUUCUAGAUACAGAAAAAUAAAGACAAUCUGGGUUUCAAUUAAGAUAUCACUUACUGAAAGCUGGAACAACUUAGACCUUCCUGCUGAAAGAAGUCUUAAGAUUAGGUAAUUUGUUAAAUAUUUUUAUAAACAAAUAGUUAUUCUAUAUUCGGAACAAAAACAUUACGAGCAUUAGUACGUGAAAAAGAGGCUAGUAACGAACCCGUAAUAACCAUCGGCAAUUCUCGUACAAUUACAUUUUCCCCGUUUGCGAGUUCGGCUUUCUCCGGCUGGUGGUUGUUCGCAUGAACUUCGUUACAGCCGGAGAGUACCUAAGUAACACGAGGAGAAUACGUAAUCGAGCGAAAAUUGCCGAAUGCCAUUAAGGGUCCAUUACCCACACCGAGUACACCAGUUUCUAUAUUUUUUUCCUUUGUAUAUUGAGUGUAAGUUUCAUAUCAUGAUCGAAUAAUAUUUCUUACAACUAUAUUUUGUUAUACUAUUCUGAUGUGAAUAAAAUGUUUAUUACA